AUGUUUCAACAGCAAGACCGAGAACAAUUUGGAAGGCAAUUCACAGAACUUGUGGUUCGCCAUCGUCAAAAUAUUCGACAAUAUGAGAAGAUGAUUGAAGAAUUUAAAACAUUAUAUGACACACUCAUUUACAUACCGCAAAAAUUACAACAUCACUCUAUGCUUCCGAUAGGGUCUCACGGAUUAGCUUUCAUGCCUGGGCAAUUAAUCCAAACCAAUGAAGUCACUGUUGCUCUCGGAGAAAAUUAUUUUAUUAAAACUUCAGCUCAUCAUGCAAGACAGAUUUUAAAAAGACGUAUAGAAAGAGUAUUGAAUGCUUUGGAAAAUGAGAGAAAAUUAUUGCAUGGUGUUUAUGAAGGAAUGGGACUUGGAAAACAUUCUCAUGUUUUAAAGCCUAAACAAGAAAAAUUAGAUUUGAGGGAUGUGUCCGAAGCUGAGAAAAUUGAACAAAUGAUUCGAGAAAUGGAAAGCCAAAUACCUGAUGAAUUGAAAGAUCUAAGAGAAUUAGAAGAAUCAGAGGAAAUGGUAUUCGAAUAUAAUUCACGAAAGAAAGAUAGAGAUGAAUUGCACUAUAGACGAAAAACAACUCCAAAAGAUGAAGAGGAUUUAGAGAAAAUAUUGAAUGAAUUAGAACGAGAAGAAAUGAUGGAAAACAAAAUGAAAAACAUCAAUUUACAUGACGAUGAAGAAGAAAAGGAAGAAUUACAGUCUAAGCAAACUCACUCAUUUGGAGAGGAAGAUAAAAAGUUACAACAAGAUAUUCUGAAAUAUUUCCACAGAACGAAAGGGGCAAGCACUGAAGCAACAACGAAGCAACAACUAAAACCAUCACAGAGUACGCCCUCGUCAAUGAAACCAUCUUCAGGUGCCAGCUCUUUCAACAUCAUGGAGAGAGAGGUCGUGGGAUUUGGAUCUCCAAAAUCAAUGAUUGCGUCCUCUAGUAGCUCCUCACAAGAUCAAGCCCCUAAAAAGGUUUCUAAAUUCAAGCAGCAACGCAUGAUGGAGAAUAAAUAA